AUGUCGAUGAAGAGACAAAAAUUGAAAGUAGAUUCGGAGGAAGUGGAGAAGAUCAAUUCAGGGACUUCCACUCCUGAUGGACAGAACAGUGAUAAAUAGGCUAAGAUUAAGCAUCUAAGAAAACAUGCUUUUAUUAAUCGAGUGUCCCUUUUGGAUGACAUGGAUAAGGACUCAGAAUUGAAUCGCACAAAGUUUGUUGGGUUUUAUAACAUGCUUUAUGUGGUAGGGUUUUAUUAUUUUAUCAUCAAUCCAAUCAUGUCAUAUAAUAAGACAGGACAACUUAUUGAGACUUCCUUGUAUAAUCAAAUGAGAAGAGAUCUCUUCAUGUGCAUAGUAACUUGGCCAUUGUUUUACGCUUGGAGUCACAUCGCAUUACUAAUACAAUACUUAGCAAUGAUGAACAUGCCAAAAACUCUGAUGUUUGUUACUCAACACAUUAGUCAAGUGUGUAUGUUUGUUUACGCUCAUUAUUUGGUGUUGACCAGAGAUUGGUAUUUGCCUCAAGGAGCAUUUGUAACAUUUCAAUCUUGUGUCUUCUUCUUUAAGAUGCAUUCUUACACCAUGACCAAUUACAAAAUGAGAAGAGAAUGGAUUGAUUAAGGUUGUCCCAAAACUCAAGAUCCUUACGCUUAUCCAAACAACAUCAAUUUCAAGAAUUUCACUCAAUUCAUCAUGACUCCUGUAUUAGUGUAUGAACCACAGUAUCCACAAUCUGGCAAAAUCAGAUGGAAGUAUGUUGUUGUCAAAUUUAUGAACUCGAUGGCCAUGCUCAUUAUGGGAUACAUGAUUGUUUCUAAUCAUAUCUAUCCAAUCAUCUAGAAUAUCAAGGAUCAUUCACUACCAGAUUCCAUUUUUUAGAUGACUUUGCCUUUAAUAUUUUUGUGUCUCACCAUUUUCAAUAUGGUAUUUGAAAAUUAUUGCAAUUUCUGGGCUGAAAUCACUCACUUUGGAGAUCGUCUAUUUUAUACUGACUGGUGGAAUUCAACAGAUUUCGAAGAAUUUAAUCGAAAUUGGAAUAGACCUGUCUAUGAAUUCCUUUAUAGACACGUCUAUUUAGAAUUGAUUUUUGAAUUUGGAAUUGGAGUCAAAAAGGCUCAAUUGGCAACAUUCUUGUUUUCUGCUCUUUUACAUGAAUACACAUUGGCAGUCAGUUUGAAACAAAUCACUCCAAUCAUGAUCAUGUUUAUGAUGAUUCAAUUACCAGUGAUGGUGUGGACCAAAAAGAUCAAAGGAACCAAAUUUGGAAAUCUCUUCUUUUGGUUUGGAAUUAUAUAAGGUUUACCCCUCAUUUUGAAUCUCUACCUCAGAUUUGAUGAAUUACCAAAACUAUUAAUACCAUGA